AUGUCAUUCGCACCCCCACCAUACCUCCCGCCCCCACCAAAAGACAACCCUCCCACCAUCUCCCACGGUGCCCUCCCAACCGAAGAACCUCCAGCCUACUCCCAGCUAGAAUCAACAACCUUCGACCCGAACGACCCCAUGCCCCCAGCCACCUUUUCCAUCCACGGCCGCUUCAUCUACGCCUCCCCCUCCCCCUCCACACCCCCGAGCUCAGACCCCUCCUACCAAACCGAUUACCCCAUCCUGACACCCACACACGGUUCUCGAACAGUCGACUUUCAGCGCGUGCAGUACAGGUACCGAGCCUCCAACGCCACCGGCAGGCCCGUCAUCUCCCACCGCGGCAAAGACCUCUACACCCUGUCCCACCACCUGCCCAUCCUGGGGAUGCCCUUCCAGGCUAUGGCCGUUCCCAAGAGUCGAAAGACGCUUGGGGAGGUGCAUAUUGCCAAGUCGCCUGCUUUUCACACAGGGUACCGCGCGAAUAGGGUAUUGCCUGAUCAUGAGGUUGCCAGGUUGGAGAGGAAGGGGGAGAAGGUGCCGAGGGAGUAUCACUUUCAGAUCAAGGAGGGGGGGGCUGAGAGAUGGGUGUGGAAGGAUUCGAAUGGAAGGGCGGUGGCCUUUCAGUGGAGGGGGCAAAGAAGCGAGUUUGGCGGUGGUGAUGGUCAGCCGGGGAGUAGUCGGGAUCCGGAUGGGGGGGUUGGUGAUGGGGGGGGAUGGGAGGUGCCCAGGCUCCAGGUUCUGGUGGAGUUAGACAGGAGGACGCUGGAUAGUUUGGUGGCGGUGUGGUGCCUGUGGGCGAUGCAUUUGCAUCAUGAGGCUACGGCACCCAAGAAGACCUGGGAAGAUCGAUUGGCCUUGAUGGCGAGGAAGAGACCGGAGGGUACGCCACAGGGGGGCUUUUAUACUAUGAAGUUUUAA